UUGGGCUGUAGGACCACACACUGUAACCUGGAGGUGGUGCAGAGGAGCACCUUGGUCUUCCUGGCCACCAAACCCCACGUGCUGCCAGGAGUGCUGCAGGAGAUCCGACCUGUGGUGGGAUCUCACCACGUCGUCGUCUCACUGGUGGCUGGUGUCACCAUCCAGACGCUGCAGAGGCUUCUCCCUGCCUGGACCAAGGUGCUGCGGAUCAUGCCCAACCUGCCCUGUGUGGUGCAGGCAGGGGCAAUGGUCUUCUCCAGGGGCAGCAAUGCUGGGGACGAGGAAGCUGCUCUGCUCAAGUCCCUCUUGUCCUCCUGUGGGCUCUGUGAGGAGGUCCCCGAAUCCUACAUCGACAUCCACACCGGCCUGAGCGGCAGCGGCGUCGCCUACGUGUACCUGUUUGCCGAAGCGUUGGCCGAGGGCGCGGUGAAGAUGGGAAUGCCAGGAGCCUUGGCCAGCAGGAUCGCAGCGCAGACGCUGCUGGGUGCAGCAAAGAUGAUGCUGGAGACAGGAGAGCACCCAGCAAAGCUGAGAGGAGAUGUCUGCACACCAGGAGGGACCACGAUCUACGCGCUGCACCAACUGGAGAAGGGAGCACUGAGAGCCACCGUCAUGAACGCCGUGGAGGCAGCCACCAACAGAGCCUGUGACAUGGCCAAGGACUAG